UCUGAUAUACAUACAUCACAAACAUACAUUUCAGUGCCUACAUAACGUUUCAUUUGGCUGAAACUUAUUACUACAUACGUAUACCAUUCGAUUGGAUACGGGAAUAUAGCUCCCCCAAAUUGACUUUCGUAUUUACAGUACCAAUUUCUGGGUCUCAUAAGUGCUUUGAGUGUGGAAGCUUUGCGAACGAUUCGUAAUAUCGCGUUAUCUAAUGAUGAUUGAAGUAUAACAUCUAUUCGGACAGUGUUAUGUAGGCGGUGAAGUGGUACUGUGUGAAUGGACGAGCUAGAGAUCGAUACAGCGGAGUGCGCAGGUCUCUCGGGCGAAGCACAGCUGGUGACUUUACAUCCUUCCGCUAAGAGCGAUCUAACGCCGCGUCUCAGUGACUACCGAGCUACCUGAGUGAUUUAUUUCAACACGAAAAUGUUCCGGUUUUGUUGGCGGCUCUAAACGAUGUAAUGGGCCGCAUGUACGCGCGGGAGGCACUGUGGGCGCUGGCGCUGUUCUGCACGCUGGCGCCCUCGCACGCCGAUGGAAACAUAGGAUGCUUGUUCAGCUCGUCCCUCUGCAUUGAGGGAGUGGAGUGGUGUUAUGAUGACUAUGCAUUCGGGAAGUGCAUUCCCGUCUACGAAAGUGACCCUGAAGAAGGGGCCCUUUAUCGAUAUGACAUGAGCUCGUCCCAGCUGCAGUGGUUCGAACGGGAGCUGCAGCAGUUGGCGACGCGAGGCUACCGCUGGGAGCACGCAUACACGCAGUGCGUGCUGCAGAGCAUGCUGUACGCGCUGCGGCGCCAGCUGAAUCCGGCGAAUGUUAAUUCAAAAUUAUGCGACCAUUUCACUGAUCCAAAACUAAACACUGCACCGUCAGACGAUGGCGAAGAGAACAUAGAAAUUGAACCCGACGAGACUGCCUACGUACGAUUCACUCCAAACUCACAAAUAUCAGACUCGGAUUACGCCAACGAAGUGUACAAUCCUCCAUUUACACCAGAAGAAGAUCCAUCCACCUAUUUAGCACAAGGACAAAUGCCAACCAUUAACGAAGAACCAGAAAAUGGAGACCCAAGUGACAAAUUACGGGACCUAAUGCUCAUGACUGGUAUAGAAGAAUCACCAGUUAUAAUGCCUUUCGAAGGCUUUCGUGAACGUAUUCAAGCUGAACAAAUGGCAAGAGAUGCUAAAGAUUCAGUUCCUAAUGAGUAUGUUGAUAAAGAGAAAAAGUCUCUAGCAGAGACGAAGUUUGAACGGCCUACUAGUGACAAUGAUUUCAAGGACGAAGAACGUCUAGGAGCUCAUUUCAGACAGUUUAAGACCAAACCUCAACCAAACACCGCAGAAUAUCUUGUUGGCAAUCAAUUCUCACCUUUAGAUGCCGAGGUACGAUCAAAUGCUUUGGAAAAGUAUAAACAAAGUUUUGCCGAAAAGAAUUUUCCUUUCGAAUAUGAAAAUCCAGGUGAUAUACAAGAACCACGAGUCUAUUUUGAAGAGGAUAGUGCUGAUGAAUUUCCUGUAGACACUGGUAGUGGAGACAUAGAUCCUUAUAACAGAAAAGAAUCGAAUACUAAAUUGCGUAAUCCUAAAUACAGAGAAUAUUUAAUGAAUUAUUGGCGCGAACUAACCGCAGCCCGCUUGAAUGCUAAAGAAAAUAUGUAUGCUGAAGGUGGUCCUUUAAAGCCUGACGAAUUGCAGGGUGACAAUACAAAUUUUUAUUUAUCAGAAGAUUUUCAAGAUUUACUUAAUAGAGAAUGGGGCUUUAAGCGUAGGGAAAGAGACGAUGUUAAAAAGCCCGGUCCGCGUCUGGACGCGAAAACUUUAAUGAUAUUGUACAACAAUAAAUCAGUGACAGCACAAAAGUCAGCCAACCAACAUCAUUCGAGUAAACCAAACCAUAACCACAACGAUUAUGACUACGACCCUUCGUACACGUUCGUCACUUUCCACAAUAGGUUCCUUACUGACUGGGCAAAGGGCAUGUCUUUCAUCGAAAGACUCGAACAGAUGCUGGGCUUAGAGAAAAAUACUUUUACCAAUCCUCGGGUCGACCCAUAUGAAGUGACGUUUAAGGUGGAAAAAAAUAGCAAGGGAUACGAUGCAGCCGAAGUUGGGAAGAGGAUCGAUGCUAUCAAAGACCAAGUCCGAGUAGAAACUGGGGCGCAAAUAGAUACUAUUGGCAUAGGAGACCGGAGUAAACAUCCAGUCAUCAGUCACCCAAUAGUCCAAGAACCUCGAUUCUUCGGGUUAUCACUGCCAGUACUUUUCGCUCUGAUUGGAAGUAUGUCCGUACUAAUCGUGGGUGCAGUGAUCGUUGCAGUUAUGUUGAGACAUGACAUCAUGGGCUCUAAACGCAAAAUGCAAGGACUUGCGUCAGCCGCUGAGAUAGAUGCUGAAGCCACCAGAGAUUAUCAGGAACUUUGUCGUGCCCGAAUGUCGGGCAAAUGGACGGGACAGCAGACGGCAGCAGCACCCCCGCACCCCGCUGAACCACCGCAGCGUAUCACGUCACUCUCCCGGGAACCUGAUGGAAACUCUCCAUCUACACGCUCAAGUACUUCUUCGUGGAGUGAGGAACCGGCCCUUACUAACAUGGACAUAUCUACUGGACACAUGGUUUUGGCUUACAUGGAAGACCAUCUUCGUAACAAGGACCGUCUUGAGCAAGAAUGGCGAGCUCUAUGCGCGUAUGAGGCUGAACCUUGCGUCACCGCUGCAGCCCUGAAGGCAGAAAAUAAUGGAAAGAAUCGUUACGCUGACGUUUUGCCCUAUGACCAUUCGAGGGUUACACUUAACACGCUGUCCAACCAUCUUGGAUCUGAUUAUAUUAACGCUUCUACUAUCACUGACCACGAUCCGCGUAACCCAGCAUACAUCGCUGCUGCUGGACCCCUCGCUAAUACUACCCCCGACUUUUGGCAAUUAGUCUGGGAACAAGGCAGCGUCGUUAUGGUCAUGCUUACUCGUCUCACCGAGAAUGGACAGCAACUUUGCCAUCGAUAUUGGCCUGAGGAGGGAUCUGAGCUGUAUCAUAUCUAUGAGGUGCAUCUAGUCAGUGAGCAUAUUUGGUGUGACGACUACUUGGUGCGCAGCUUCUAUCUGAAAAACCAACGCACAGGCGAUACCCGGACCGUUACACAAUUCCAUUUCUUGUCCUGGCCAGAGAACGGUGUGCCAUCUUCUACGAAGGCUUUGCUUGAAUUUAGGAGGAAAGUGAAUAAAUCGUAUCGUGGAAGGUCUUGCCCGAUAGUCGUCCACUGCAGUGACGGAGCAGGCCGCACUGGAACAUACUGCUUGAUCGACAUGGUACUGAACCGCAUGGCCAAAGGCGCUAAGGAGAUUGACAUCGCCGCAACGCUGGAGCACAUCCGUGACCAGCGACCACGCACUGUCGCCACUAAACAACAGUUCGAAUUUGUAUUAAUGGCCGUCGCUGAAGAGGUGCACGCUAUAUUGAAAGCUCUGCCAGCACAUUUACAACAACUGCAAGAGAAGAAAGAAAAGGACAAGGAAAAAGAAAAAGAGGGCACUGAAAAGGAGAAACCAAACUAAACUCACCGCUUUUGCUGACAUGACUUUGUUAAGAAAAAUUAGCGACGGCUCUAGCAGAAACCGAGGAUUAAUUAUUUAAAAAAUAAGUUUAAUUAUUUAAUUACAUUAACAAGUUAGUUCAUCAAUUUCUUGCAUAUUAAUAAUAAAUCAGUAUAAUUUUUUGUUUUCGUAAAUUAAAAGUAACCUAGGGCCGACUCUGAUUAAAAUAACGUUUAAAUUUAAUAAUUAUAAUAUUGUCGUUCAAAUAUUUUUAUUGAAGUUCCAAGUUGAGAAUCUUUGUAUGAUUUUGUUUAUUUUGAUAACCAUACAGAUUUAGCUAAGGUAUAAAGGCCUAUUUGAAAUUCAUAUUUUCCGAAUAUUAUUAUUGUUAAUAGAUAAAUCUUUACUCGGAGUUUGAGCAAAUGAUCUGUACUUCAAAAUAUCUCUUUAAUAAACUUUUAAUAUAUUAUGUUUAUGAAGGUUCUCAACUUGGGUCUAAUAUUUUAUUCAAUUUAUGUAUAAGUGUUUAUGCGUGUUUCGCGUACAAUUUUGGUUAAGAAAACUUUAAUGCUGUAACUAAAUGUUAUAUUUUGCUAAUGUAUGCAAAAACAGCGAAACUGUAGUCAUUGCAAUGUAACGCUGUUUUAAUAUUAAGCCCCUUUAUGUUAUAAUAAUAGAAAAGUGGUACUAUUUACUUAAAUGACAUUUCUAAAGUUAUUUUUCUAAGCUUACAGAAUUUGCAUAUUUUCAUAAAAAUUCAGUAAUAUCAGAAAUCUACCUACUAAAAAUCCUGACCAUAAAAUGUAACAAAUAUGUUUAAGGAUCAUUAUAGUCAAUUUAAAAAGUGUAAUGUCUGCAAAAAUAGAAACUAUUUUUACUGGACUUAUAAAAUUAUUAACAUAUUAUUAUUUGCAUUAAUGCUACGUUCGUAGUUACGUUACGUGUUAAAUUGAAAAUAUUAUAUUAUAAUAUAAUUAUUAUUAUUGUACGUGUAAUUUGCCUAACAAUAUUAGAUACCAAUUAAUAUAUCAAGGACUUCGUUGAUUGUACAAAUACAAAACGAUAGCUUGUGUUUGAUUCACUUAGAUUGAAACUAGUUGUUAAAGAAAUAUUAUUAAUACUGUUACCUUAUUUAUUGAUCAAUUUGUUAUAAUUAAUGAAAUACGUAUAUUAUGUAUGUAUAUUUAAAUUUAUGUAGGUAUGUUUGUAAAACGAACGCUAAAUUUUAAUCUGAGAUGUCUUUUUUUUAAAGAAUAAAAUAAUGGACUUGGCGAAUAGGAAAUAAAUUAAAAAAGAAACAUAAAACAAACAUUAGCUAUGUCGAUUCAUAUCCCAAAAAACGGUAUACCUGAUAAAUUUAAUCAGAUAAAUGAGAUAAAAUAAUAUUUACAGACUAGCGGAAACAAUAGAGAUCGUAGUACCUACUUAUCUGUGUACUAUUUACCUAUAUACCUAAAGUUAUAUUUAUUGCAUACUAUGGAAAAAAUGUAAAAAAAAAUAUUACUUACCAUGAAACAUUAUUGUAGUUUAGACAUAAGAGAAAAUAUAUUUAACCUGUAUUUCUGUAUGAAAUUAUAUGUAGUUUUUAUGUGAA